GUUGCUUGAUGGUGACUAAUAACAAAUAACAUUGUCUCAUAAUAAACCAGAAGUCAAUGCUGUUUACACGCGUCUUGGGGGAUUCAAUAUAAAAGGAGAGCUUGUAGAGCUAGAAUCACUCCAACCAGGAUAGAUUGAUAGAAACAUUAUUGAUCUUGAAGCACAGAACCCAUGCUUUUUUUUUUCUUCUUCGCAUUUUCUUCGGGUUUUAAAACAUCGUGACUAUUUUGUGGAAACGACGUUAUUGAAUUGGAAGACUUUUUAAUUUGAAGAAUUUUAAUUUAUUUCAAAAUGGAAUUACACGUGUUUUUUUCACUAAUGUUUGUGAUCUAUUCUGGACUUGUAGAUGCAGUUGCCUCGGCUGUCUCGAUCUCUGAGUUCCCGACUGUUUCCAGUGCCCCCUUGCGACAUGUCAGGUCAAAACGCUGCUCCUGCUCUUCUUUCUUAGACAAGGAGUGCGUCUACUUCUGUCACCUAGACAUCAUCUGGAUCAACACACCAGAACGAACUGUCUCCUACGGACUUGGAAGCCCUCCAAGAAGAAAGCGGUCGCUUCAGGAAUCUGUUUUGGACACGCUGGUAGAUACACGCCCAAGAUGCAAAUGCUCAAAUAUGAAGGACAAUAAGUGUCUGGAUUUGUGUCAGCCUAAAACAGACUUAAGAAUGCCACCCCCACAAGAGAAGUUGGAAAACUUCAGAGAAAUAAGCACAGGUUGUGCAGGAAAGCAAUGCAUACAUAAUCUGGCAGCCAACAAGAGGAAAAUUAAAAGGCUAAAGUACAGAAGCCACAGCAGCACCCUGGCAUUGACUGCGAGUGCCAAACUGAAGACCAGGCUUUUAUUAGAGAAGUGGAGGAAAGGCUGGAGUAACAGGUCUAAAAUGUGGGAGAGUCUGAUGGCAGCUUCCUAAAACCACUGGGACAGCCAUGUCUGGAGAGAGGUCUCAGUCGGAACAGAGUAGCCUUCCUUUCUGGCAAGAGACCAUGGAUAAUUGUUUAAAGUUUCUGUAGCAGAAGGAUAUAUGACAGGAGCAUCUUGCCAGCAUCCCGGGGAAACGGAUUGGAGUGCUAAAUCUACACCUGGAGUGAGGUGGACUAGGGGAAAUCCCUUUAAAAGAUAUUGCUGCUAGAAUGUUAUACUCAGGCAUCUGCCACGUGGUGGCUUUUCAGUGUGACACAUUACCAGAAUUGAUGGAUAUGAACUGGGUACUGGAGGCACAACCUCUCUUGCACCACAUGAAGAAUCUGCUAAAUGCGUGACUUUCCUGAUCAGACAUUUCCCAUAUAACAUGCCUACCUCUUUCACCCUUGUCUAUGCAUAAGUGCCCCUGCUUGCAGCGUGCUUCAGCUGCUUCUGUGGGACCUUUCCUUCACCCUGCAGUUUAGUUACUGACAAAUCUAUGCAUUUGAUAACAGUAUUAGUACUCACACUGAGAGAAAACAUUUUGUGUUUGUAGAUAAUAACUAAAAGUCACAGUUCAACCAAGAGCAAUCAGCACAUUGAUCUUACCGAAUUUGGACAACAUUGAAACACAUGCAGUUUGCAAACAUGACUGAUAUUUCACUAAGAACUGUCAAAAGUCAUGUCUCUAUGGGCCAGUCUGGAGAAUUGGCUUUUUCCACUCCCAGCUGUCCUGAAUGAAUUAUAUCCAGAACACUUUGUAGGCCUUGUAACCUGCUGUCCAGGCUGUCCAUGAUGUUAUGUUAUAUAUUCCAAUUUUUAUUUGUGCAACCCCUGUGCAUGCCUUGCUGUUACAGGAGUGUUAACAAACAAUGUAUGGGCACGUUUGAGACCUUAAAUAAACCUUACAAGUUUGUUUGUUCAUUGUUUUGUUAAAUGAACCAAUCCGUUUUUACUUAUACAGACUAUGGAACAGAUUUUGAUCACUCUGUCACAAAGUGGAGUCUGUUUUAAUGAUCUUAACUGUGGUAGAUCUAAACACUGGCAUUUAUCCUGCUGGGGUGACUUAUUAACAUUACUACAUACAAUAAAAAUACAGUGAAAUGACAGCCACAGAAAGUCAGGUUUCAAAACAUCAGUGUGGUGUUAAAAUCGACCACUGUUUAGAUCAAUGAAGUAGACCCAAAGUCUUAUUCAAGAGCUUAUCUAGCUAGCCAUUGUCUUGCUAAAAAUGUUGUUGUAUAUAUAUUGUAUAUAAAUAUUUAUAUAUAAAAAAGUGGUAUGUUAUUGAAAUGUAUAUGGCUUUUAGUAUGAUUUAACUGUGUUAAAGUUGUGUUUAAUACAGGCCAUAUUGGUCUAUGAUCUUGCUAUGUGUAUUUCUUUACAAAACAUUUACAAAUGCUGUUGUACCCAAA